AUGGGUCCCCAAGGUGGCGAGGUGCUUUCUUCUCUCAUGUCAGAUGCCGAGGCCUAUCGCUCGUACUCAGGCGUGACAACAAGUCUUUCGGGAUAUUUUGUACACCCCGUCAACGAGGUAUACGAGUCGAGCAGGUUCCACAAGCGCACGCAAGCGGUAGGCGAGUCAGUCGACGCGUUUUUCACGGCGCUCCGAAAUCUCGUGAAGAAGUGCAACUACGCCUCUCGGGAAAUCGACGACCGGCUGGUUCGGGACCGAUUUAUCGUAGGUUUGCGUGACUCUCGCUUGACCGACCAGCUCUGCCGCAAUCCAAAGCUUACACUGGACGAGGCGCUCAUCCAAGCGCGUCAGUACGAAGACGCUGAAAAUGAGAAAUUGCUGCGUCAUGGGACAGGCCUUGCACCAGACGCACUGAACGUCGACGCCGUUGCGAACAACCAGUACCGAAUGGCCGACGCCCCAGCAUGCGAAGCUGCCCGAAGUAAAAGUAACGUCUGUCGGCCUCCCGAGUACGGCGCCGGCCCGAAGUCGGCAUGCGAUUUUUGCGGCCACGUUCCUCAUCCGCGAUCUGAGUGCCCAGCACGGUGGGCCACGUGCAACCAAUGUCGCAAGAAGGGACACUUCGCGGCGCUUUGCCGCUCGAAUAAUACUAGGCGUUUAAGCCAAAUCCAGCUCUGCGCCGUAGAUGCCUCGCAAACAGAACGCCGGCCCGUUGUUGUUCAUGCCAACGGACACCCCCUUCAAUUCAAAGUGGAUACUGGGGCGGACGUUUCGGUCGUACCUCCGAGCUUCGCCGGAUGCCCAGUAGACCUUGACAAACCCGAUAAUGAACGGUUGAUGGGGCCGGGCCGCUGCCGCCUAAGGUUGCUUGGGACGUUUCCUGCUACCCUGUCGUGGCGAGGCCGGUCUGUAUGCAAAACAUUGUACGUUGUAGCAGACAUUGACUCUCCUCUGCUGGGGUACUCGGUGGUAGUAGACCUGGGAGUCGUCCAGUUUGUUGACACCGUGGAAGAUGCGGAAGCUCCGAAUAGGCUCCCAACGUCAGACAAAGCCGCAGCUUCGCUGUUCUCGGGCCUUGGCGAGAUGCCUAAAGAAUACCACAUUUGUAUCAAGCCGGGAGCGAUUCCAUUUUCUCUCAGCGUUCCUAGGCGCAUCCCUAUUCCCCUCGAAGGCGUAGUCAAGAAGCACUUAGAUGCCAUGGAAAGGAACGGGGUCAUCCGGCGAGUCACAGUGCCAACCCCGUGGUGUGCUGGUAUUGUGCUGGUACCCAAAGCCGAUGGCGAAUACAGAAUUUGUGUUGACCUCACGAAGUUGAACCAAGUAGUUCUUCGGGAGGGACACCUUAUGCCCACAGUGGACCAGGUACUUGGCCGUCUUGGCAAUGCCGCGGUCUUCUUGAAACUUGAUUCAAAAUCGGGGUUUCAUCAAAUAAGGCUAUCGGAAAGCUGUCAGGAGCUGACUACCUUCAUAACACCGUUUGGACGCUACUACUACCGCCGCCUGCCCUUCGGCAUCACGUCCGCUCCCGAAGUAUUUCAGCGCCAAAUGUCUCGGAUUCUAGAGGGCCUGGAAGGGUGUGUAAACAUGGUAGAUGACAUUCUAGUAUUCGGCAGAAGCCGUUCCGAGCACGACAGCAGACUCCAAGCAGUCCUUCGCAAGUUAGAACAAGCGGGCAUUACGUUGAAUGCCUCGAAAUGCUCCUUCGGGGUAUCUUCCAUCAAGUUCCUUGGUGUAGUGGUGAGCGCCAGUGGCAUCUCGGCUAACCCUGACAAGGCAUCUGCUAUUGUGAACAUGAAGCCGCCGACAGAUACGCAUGGCGUCCGUCGUUUCCUGGGCAUGCUGAACUACAUUGGAAGAUUUUUACCGAACCUGUCUGCCGUCACUACACCGAUACGGCUCCUGUUGAACAAGAACGCAGUCUUGACCUGGGACCAUGCGCAAGCAACCUCCUUCGAGACAUUGAAGGGAAUGGUGGCAUCUAAUGCUUGUAUGGCCAGCUACAAUCCAGAGCUACCCACCCUUGUGUCGGCAGAUGCCAGUUCGUUUGGGCUAGGCGUGGUUCUCUUGCAGGAGCGACAGACGGGAGAGUGA